AGGUAUGCGGUGCUGGGAACCCUGUGGAACGUGUUGGGCAUCGGCCUGUCUCUGUACGCCGUGUGCCUACUGGCCCCGGGCUCUCUGGGAGACAUCUCCCUGCUCCACUGCCUGCUGUUUGGCUCUCUGAUCGCCGCCGUCGACCCCGUGGCCGUGCUCUCCGUCUUCCAGGAGAUGCGCGUGAACGACCAGCUUCACAUCCUGGUGUUUGGGGAGUCGCUGCUCAACGACGCCGUGACUGUGGUGCUCUACAGGCUGUUUGAGUCCUUCCUCCGCCUGCCGUCAGUGUCGGGGCUGGAUGUGUUGCUGGGAGGGUGCAUGGUUUUGGUGGUGGGCCUCGGGGGCCUGUUGGUAGGCCUCUUCUUCGGCCUGGUGGCGGCCCUCACCUCGAGGUUCACUUCCAGAGCCCAGGUCAUUGCCCCGCUCUUUGUCUUCCUCUACUCCUAUUUGUCCUAUCUGACCUCCGAGAUGCUUCACCUCUCCGGUAUCAUGGCCAUUGUGACCUGUGCUGUGACUAUGAAGCAGUAUGUGGAGGCCAAUGUGUCCGAGCGCAGCAACACCACCAUCCAGUACUUCCUGAAGAUGUGGAGCAGCGUGAGUGAAACCCUCAUCUUCAUCUUCCUGGGCGUGUCCACAAUACAGGAUGUCCACAUGUGGAGCUGGCUCUUCGUCUGCUCCACACUGCUGCUCUGCCUCGUCUGGAGGGCCACAGGUGUUCUCCUGCUGACUGCUGUGGUGAACAAGCUCCGGAGGAACACCGUGACCUUUCGAGAUCAGUUCAUUAUUGCCUACGGAGGCCUGAGAGGGGCAAUCUGCUUUUCCCUUGUCUUCCUGAUUGAAGACUUCCCAAAGAAAAGACUCUUCAUCACAACCACCAUCGUGGUCAUCCUCUUCACGGUCUUCGUACAGGGGAUGACUAUUAAGCCUCUAGUAGAGCUGCUGGAUGUGAAGAGAAAGAAGAGAGCUUUGCCUUCUGUCAGCGAGGAGAUCCACAGCAGGCUCAUUGAUCACCUGCUGGCAGGAAUAGAGGACGUGGUCGGCUACUGGGGGCAGCACUACUGGAAAGACAAGUUUGAGCAGUUCAACAGGAAGUACCUUCGGCGUUUCCUGAUCCGUGAGGAUCACCAGGCUCGCUCCAGCAUCCUCAGAGUUUACCAGGAGCUGGAGAGGAGGGAGCAGAGGGGAGACGAGGAGGCCCCACCGCUAGUGGACCCUCGCCCGCACAGCCGUCCCCUCUUACCAGAGGAGAUGGACAGCAUCCGGCGUAUUCUCUCCAGAAACCUAGAAAACUUCAACAAAAAGCAGACACCAGCCUACAGCAGACACACUUUGCACCAGGACGCCACCACGGGCAGAACCAGGAAGCCUCUUCACAGGCACCAGAGUCUGGCAGAGACAAGCACAAAUAACACACAGGGCGAGGACGGAGAGUUCAACGGCUCACGCAGAGUGAGAGCAGGACUCAGCAGGGCUCACACAGCCUCUCUUCUCCUGGCAGUGUGCUGGAUGAGCGCGAGUCCUCAUGUCCUCCUGGACUCGUCGGCCCCGGCUCCGACCAGGAGACCAGUGGAUCCACCACCUCCAGCUGCCGGAGAGGAGCAGAUCUCUCUGCAGCAUCAAGCACCUGUGGGCAGAACGCCAAAGAAACAGCUCAGCUUUGUUCUGGAGAGCGAGAAGCAGCAAUGA